AUUAGGAAGAGGAAGCAAAGUAGUGAAACCAAUAAAAAAGUGGAACACAACAGUGACUAGUUUGACGCCAAAAUUUAUUUUAUUCCCAUUUUUUUGCACAUUUGUCAUUAAUAACGUGUAAAAUAUUAUACCAAUAUAUUAAACAUUGUGCCGUGCUCAAGUAUCAGUUGAAAUAAUGUCGCACUCCUACUCCAACACGCCGAGUAGCAGUGGCGGGUCUGUGUCAGUAGCUGCCACUACCAGUGCUGGUGGUCGGCAUGGUAGUAGCAACAAUCAAAUGAAUACCAACCAUAUCAUAUCAUCUGCAACAUAUACCAUAUCAGGUGAUGUGGUAGUAACCAGCAGUAGUACUCCCACUAAUCCCAAAGAAAAGCAAUCGCCUAAAACACAGCGUACGACUGCACCACGUAAACCCCCACCCACCAUUGAGAACUUCUGGCAGAAUAUUAUGGCGGAUGUGCGUGCGAUAAAUCAAGUAGAUGCGAAACAUCAAGCCCUACCACUGGCACGUAUUAAAAAGAUCAUGAAAUUGGAUGAAAACGCAAAGAUGAUAGCGGCCGAAGCGCCACUCCUUUUUGCCAAAGCAUGCGAAUAUUUCAUACAAGAGCUUACAAUGCGCGCCUGGAUACAUACUGAAGAAAGCAAGCGACGCACACUGCAACGUUCAGAUAUUGCACAGGCUAUAGCUAAUUAUGAUCAAUUUGAUUUUCUGAUUGAUAUUGUGCCGCGCGAAGAUAUAAAACCCAGCACGAGUAGCGGCGUAAAGAAGGAAACACAGCAACCGAAUACUAGCGUAAACACUGUUAAUACAACAACUACACCUGGUGCAAAUGCUGUUAUGACUGCUGGGACUGUGACUAUGCCAGUAAAGAUGGAAACAGCAGAAGGUGAAGUUUUGACUUUUGGCGCGCUCAACGCCGAUACAUUGGCCACAGCAACAGCACAACAACAGCAGGCACAGCAAGCGCAUACUGCUAUGCAUGCGCCGCAACAAUUACAAAUAAUACAACAACCAUCGACGACACAACCACAACAGAUGCAGUACUUCAUUGCCACACCGGAGGCGCUAAACGCAGCGCAUGGACAAAAUGCGGCACCACAGCAGCAGCUGCAGAUCAUACAGCAGCCGGCGCAACCGCAGUAUUUUAUAACCACUCAUCAACCACAACAGCUUAUAUUGACAGCAGGACCUAAUGGACAAUUCACUGCCACACCCGCACCUCACAAUCCUGCGCAGCACCAACAAGCGACAAUUUUACAAAAUUUAGCGCAACAUCAACAGCACCAACAACAACCACAAAUACAAUUGUUGCAGCAGGUGGUAACACCAACGGGCGAAUUGACCAACGUACCCAUCGCAAUCAACGCAAAUCAAUUGAAUUUAUUACGUCUACAAAUGCAACCUCCCGCAACACAACAGCUAUUGCAGCUAAACACCACCGCCAAUGCCCCAGUCACUACCUCUCACAAUGUUACUGCUGCCCAAGUGCAAGCACAGCAGCAACAUCACGUUCAACAGCAACAGCAGCAGCAACUGCAUAAUGCAAAUGCUGGUGCUGCAAACAUAUUUAUAAACGCCACACCGCACAUCACUGCAACACAACACCAGCAGCAACAGCCGCAACAACAACAACAACAACAGCAAGUUAAUGUAGGCGGCGCCACAAUUGUCACUACAGAUCGUACUUUAGGCGGCAACUAUCGACCGAAUUGCUAGCCACCGGAGCUGAUCUACCAUCAACAGGCAGCACCCACUUUCAACUUCUCUUUCGCGACGAAAGCACACAUUGCGGCACAAUACAAUGGUAGAGAUCAUAUUUGAGUCUUGUACAUCAGUCUUACAAUCAGUUUUGUUAGUCUUUAAUAAUUUUUUUUUAGAAAUUAUACAAGCACAAUGUAUAAAAUUCAUCAUAAAUUCUAUUUAUGCAUAUAUAUAGUAUAAAUAUGUAUACAUUAUUAUUAUAUAUUAAUUGAUUGUUUGGUAAUUAGCGAUAAAGUGUAAAUAGUGAAUAUAAAAAGGCCAAAUAGAUUUUAAUGCUAAGUUUAUAAAGUCAACAAAGAGAAUAUGUACGGCAGUAAAUACAGGUUUAAAUGAAAAUAAAUUCGAGUCUGUGAUUAAUAACCGCAGUUAAUGCUUGAUAAACUUAUUACGCCGCGCAUAUUUGUGCAUACGAAAUCUAUUUUAGCAUUAAAGCAGAGUUAAAAAUGAAAAUCAUAUAAAAUGAAUCUUUUUAGAAUAUGUAUUAUUGGAAAUGUGUUUGGAAAUUGUCGAGCACAAAAAAUAAAUAAUUUAGAUGUUAAUAAUGUAUGUAAAUGUGCAAAGAUUUAAUACAAAUAUAUAUAUAAAUAAUGUAGUCAUUUUAAAUAUGUAUUUUUACUUUACUUGCUUUUCUCCAUGUUUUUACUAUUUAGCAGUCAGUUUAACUAUUCACAGGCGCGGAUUAUACUUCACACUCACUUCAAUAUUU